UAAUUUGUCCUCAUGUUUUCUGCCUGAGACGUUAAAUAAUAGAAAAUGGGGGGAAAUCAAAUUCACUGCGGUUACUGAACUAACUAACUAGUUACAUAUUAACUCUUGUAAUAUGUUUCUUUCAUCUGUUUUAUUAUGUUUUGAAUCCUGAAAAUGUAACUGAACUUUUACAGCUUUAAACCUUUAUUUUUAAAGUCCUAACCGGAAGUUGUCCUGCUUAUUGACGCUGUCUGGACGGAACUGAAGCAUCCUGACGUCUUUUCUGAGCACAAAGUGAGAUCGCGCCUCCUCCUCCUCCUCUUCCUCCUCCUCCUCCUCUUCGAGCCACUCGGACUCACAAGGACGAGCUUCCUCUCGGACUCCUUCAGGAUUUAUUCUGUUUAUUUUGGAUUUAAUUUCUCCUUUUUGCUUUUUUUAUUUAAUGCGGGAUAAAUCUGUGUUGUCCGCGGGAUGCAGCCCUCCUCCUGCUGCUGCUCCUCUUCCUCCUCCAUCAUCAUCAUCAGCAGCAGCAGCAGCACCAGAGGGCCGAUGGGCCGAGCAGGACGGCCGGGAUUCAACCACCGAGCAGGCGGCACCGAGGCUCCCUCCAUUUAAGCUCCAGAUGUUCCCAGAUGUUUGCUGAUCCGAGCGGACCGAACCUGGAGCGGCCAUGAUGGGAAGCAGCCGGAGGAGGAGGGCCUCUCGGGAAGCGAUGGGAUGUGAAUCUGCAGCAUCGCCUGCAGACCCGGACCGUUCUGUGGUUUAAUGAUCCAACAUGUCCGACGGGGUUUAACUCCGAACUGACGUUUCCGAACCGACAGCGGAGAUGAUUGUCGGUCCAAACAUCCUGAUUGUCUUCUUCUCCUUCUGAUUGUGUGAUUUUGAUGGGCAUCAAGCAGCAGCAACGAUUGUCUCUCAUCUUCAGGCCUGAACCUGAAGCCGCUUUACGUGGGAAAUAAAAACUGAGACUGGAUUAGAUUUAUUCUGGAUUAAGAUGAUGAACCACGUGCCUCCCGGCCUGAGCUCCGACACCACGGACAAGGCCCGGCUGGAGCUGAACGAAAACCCGGACACUCUGCACCGGGACAUCCAGCAGGUGCGGGAUAUGAUCGUGACGCGGCCGGACAUCGGCUUCCUGCGGACAGACGACGACUUCAUCCUGCGGUUCCUCAGAGCCAGGAAGUUCGACCAUGUGGAGACGUUCCGCCUGCUGGCCCAGUACUUCCAGUUCCGCCAGCAGAACCUGGACAUGUUCCAGAGCUUCAAGGUGGACGACCCGAGCAUCAAGCGGGCCCUGAUGGACGGGUUCCCCGGCGUGUUGGAGGCUCCGGACCAACAUGGCAGGAAGAUCCUCAUCCUGUUUGCUUCCAACUGGGACCAGAGCCGGAACUCCUUCAUCGACAUCCUGCGGGCCAUCCUGCUGUCGCUGGAGGUUCUGAUUGAAAACCCGGAGCUGCAGAUCAACGGCUUCACUCUCAUCAUCGACUGGAGCAACUUCUCCUUCAAGCAGGCGUCCAAACUGACGCCCAACAUCCUGAAGCUGGCCAUCGAGGGCCUGCAGGACAGCUUCCCGGCCCGGUUCGGAGGGAUCCACUUCGUGAACCAGCCCUGGUACAUCCACGCCAUGUACACCAUCAUCAAGCCCUUCCUCAAGGACAAGACCCGGAAAAGGAUCUUCCUCCACGGGAACAACCUGAACUCUCUCCACCAGCUCAUCCAGCCCGAGUGUUUGCCGUCCGAGUUCGGCGGGACGCUGCCGCCGUACGAUAUGGGCAUGUGGGCGCGGACGCUGCUGGGGCCCGACUACAACGACGAGACCGAGUACACGCUGACGUACGACGCGCUGCACGUCAGGGAGAGCUGCUGCGGCGGCGGAGGAGAGAAGGACAUGAUGAAGAGGUCUCAGUCGACGGUGGAAGCUGCGGCGCUGCAGCAGAUGGACAGAGAGACCAGCACGCCGCUGCUGGCUCUGGACUGACCUGGUUUAAACCGGAGGUCUGGAUUUGGGUCGGUUCGCUGCCUGAACCUGCUCAGCACCAGAACUCCCAUUAGCCUGGAUCCUCCACCAGUUGGUCUGAACUCACCAGGGUGGAACCUCAGGACACGAUCAGUUUAAUUAUCUGCAGGUUUCACUCAUCUGAACUCCGUCUGAUAUCCGUCCCCCCAGCAGGGCCAAACCCGGCCCGUCCAGCUCCUCCCACAUGAUCCGGUUUCCUGCCAGCAGCAUCUGUCCGGAUGCAGCAGCGCUCCGACUGCUGCAUCCGGACUUCACCACGUCUCAGUCUGGAACCGUUCACACGCAAAACAUGCAGCACAAACAUUCAUUCACAAAACGGGGAGGCAGCGAAACAAAACCAGUUCAGGAUGAAUAAUGCAGAAUGAUUGGAGGCUCCGCCCACAUGGGAUUAGGCUCCGCCCACACGAACUAUGCUCCGCCCUCAGGGGGAUUAGGCCACACCCACACGACUGAUGCGCCACCACCAGGGGAAUUAGGCCCCGCCCACAUGAGAACAAUGCUCCGCCCACAUGGAAAUUAUGCCCCGCCCACAGGACUUAUGCUCCGCCCAUACGGGAAUUAUGCCCCGCCCACAGGACUUAUGCUCCGCCCAUACGGGAAUUAGGCCCCGCCUACACGAGAACGAUUUCAUCCUUUUCCUCCACUUGAAAACAAAGUUUAAGGAACAAUAAAUGUUUUUACAGCAGGUUUCAGAGUGGAAGCUACAGGAAAAGCUUCAGCACCAUCUGGAUCUGAUUACACGUUUGUUUGAAAAUGUUCUGGAAAAGUUUUUCAUUUUGCUGUUUUCUUGGUUUUACAGCUCAUGUAGGAGCUUUUAUGUGUGUCCUCCAUGUUUAGCGCCACCUACAGGUCUGGUGGAGUAAAGACUCGCGGUGUUUGCCAUCGUCUGUCUCAGUGUGGAUGGAAGUGGUUUCGAAAGCAACGACCUGAUUUAACAGAAAGACGGGUUCCUGUGUGGGCGGGGCCGAGUGCUGAGCCCUGUGGCACCCCGAAUGGGAGGAACCCCUGAUGAACGGACAUCUUGGAUUACAAUGAGCUCCAACUGAGUUGGAGCAAACACUGAGCCCUGUGGUACACCAGAAGAGUACUGUGAAAAAGUGCUAAAGUAUGAAAUGUUAUUUUUUAGCCCAUAUUUAUUUUUUAAAGUGUAAAUUCAUGUGUUGAGCUGGUGAGAAUCAGACAUUUAAAGUUUUAUCAUUCUGCUUUCAGACGUUUUAGUUCUCUGCUGCCACCAAGUGGUCACUGACUGAACAGCAGGCUUAAACAUGGCGCCUGUUGCUGAAUCUUCACUGUUUUUGUUUUUACCUGUUGCAGCAUCAAACAUGGCGCCUGAAGCGAGCGUCACUGCGGAAACACCGACACUGUAAAAGAAUGAUGUGCAUGAAAUUUUUAUAAACGCGUUUCAAUCAGACGUCACUCGGAAAACAACGGUUUUCAUUUAAAGAUUGUAUGUUAUCGUCGUAUCACCGCACUGAACACGGAAGACGUCAUUUUCACGCAGCCGAAACGACGCCGACGACUGAACACGGAGGAGUGACGUCAUCAGGAGCGGGCGGGUCGGUCUUCCUGUUUGCGGCGUUAAUAAAUGAGCGUCACGGCUGCACUCGACCUUCAUGAAAUGUAUUUACUUUCAAUGAAUGUACAGAAGUAAAGAUUUACACCAAGCUGCU